UUCUAGCAAUUAACAUAUUAAAAAACAGUUUUGCAAAUGUCUACGCACAGGGUCUUAAAAUUUUACCCCAAUUCAUUGAAAGAUUCGGCUGUCUGUGUCUGAGCCUAAAAGUGCCCCCUGGAGGACAUGUAUGCUGUGCCCAGGAAUAGACACUUCCGACCUGUCAAAUAACUUCCUUACAGUUUGUGGAGCAAUGGAGGUUAACGUUUCUACUGAAUCCAUUGAGAGUGUCGUGCCAUCUGAUGAGGGUAAAGAGAAAUUUAAGAAAAAUGACGACAUCUUAUUCUACAGGAGGCAGAGAGAUAAAGCAUUGUCUAAGUACUUUGCCUCCCUGGAAACUCUAGUACUUACAGAUAGAUAUGCCAUUCUGGAGCUCUGUGAGCAGGGGUCACAGGACAGACUGUGUCUUCAAAUAUGGGUGUCCAAAAAUGGAACUGUCAGAGUUUUAAUUGAUGAACUACUGUCAGUUAAACCACGUUACCGUGUUCCAGACGUUCUGAUUGGAGAGCUGUCAUAUGACCCGCUGAGGGUUCAAUGGCAGAGAGAAGACUGUUUAUCUCUAACAUGGGGUCUGGGUCACUACCAGCUCAUAGUUUCAGCAUCACCUUUCAGACUGGAGGUCACCUAUGAUGGGGAGGAGAUUGUCACACUCAAUCCAGGAAACAGACUUUUCUUUGAGACUCUUCAGGAACCACCUAGGUCUUCUUCAGUUUCACAUCAGGUGGAAGACGAUCCAUGUGGACUGUGGAAAGAAACAUUCAGACAGUUUCAGGACAUCAAGGCAACUGGUCCCAGUUCUGUGAGUAUGGACUUAUGUCUCCAUGGAUUCAGCCAUACAUUUGGUCUUCCUGAACAUGCUGAUACCCUCCUGUUAAAAGACACAAGUGCCACUGAGGCGUAUCGACUCUACAACUUGGAUGUGUUUGCCUAUGAAAUCGAUAGCAGGUUGGGCCUUUACGGUUCCGUACCGCUCCUGCUAGCUCACAAGCCUGAGAGAACACUUGGAGUAUUCUGGCUGAAUGCGUCGGAGACACUGAUUGAUAUCAAAUAUAGUCCGAAAAUAACCGAGGAAGAGAAUGAACCACCAGGGAAGAAAAGUAAGAUCACACCUCAGACUGAUGUGAGAUGGAUAUCAGAAAGUGGCACGAUUGACUGUUUCAUUUUACUGGGCCCCUCGCCUGCCCAGGUGUUCUCUCAGUAUGCUCAGCUCACAGGCUACCAGGCUCUCCCUCCUCUAUUUUCCUUGGGAUACCACCAAUGCCGUUGGAACUAUGAGGACGAGGCGGACGUUAAAGCUGUGGAUGGUGGAUUUGACCUUCACAAUAUUCCUUAUGAUGUUAUAUGGUUGGACAUCGAGCACACCAAUGGGAAGCGCUAUUUCACCUGGGACUCAAAGCUUUUCCCAAAGCCAGUAGAAUUACAGCAUUACCUGCAGAAGAAAAACAGGAAGUUGGUUGUUAUCAGUGACCCCCACAUCAAGAUUGAUCCUGAUUGGUCAUUUUACUGUGAAGCAAAAGAAGGAGCCCAUGCAAUGAUGACUAGAGAUGGUGGUGUUUAUGAAGGAACCUGUUGGCCAGGUGAAUCCUGCUACUUGGACUUCAGCAGCUCAAGGACAAGAUCAUGGUAUGCCAGACAGUUCUCUCUAAACAAAUAUGAAGGGUCAACAGAAUCUUUGUUUAUCUGGAACGACAUGAAUGAACCCUCUGUCUUUAAUGGACCUGAGCAGACAAUGCCUAAAGAUGCACUGCACCAAGGAGGCUGGGAGCAUAGGGAGCUACACAACUUGUAUGGCUUUUAUCAGCACAUGGCCACAUUUGAGGGCUUAUUAACCCGUUCGGGUGGCAUGGAGAGGCCAUUUGUCCUUUCACGCUCUUUCUUUGCUGGGUCUCAAAGAUGGGGUGCAAUAUGGACUGGGGACAAUGUUGCUACUUGGGAAUACUUAAAGAUUUCAAUACCCAUGCUGCUGUCCCUGAGUUUGACAGGAAUACAUUUCUGUGGAGCUGAUGUUGGGGGCUUUGUGCAAGACCCAGACCCAGAGUUAUUGGUCCGCUGGUACCAGGCAGGGGCUCUCCAGCCAUUUUUCAGAGGACACUCGGCUAAUAUCACCAAACGCAGAGAGCCCUGGCUGUUUGGGGAUGAUGUCACAUCUGCAAUUCGAUUGGCUAUACAGCAGAGAUACCGUCUCUUGCCGUACUGGUACACUCUGUUUCACCAAGCACACACUUCAGCUCUGCCUCCUAUCAGACCCCUUUGGGUAGAAUUUCCUAAAGACACAAGCAUGUUUGCUGUGGAGAAUCAGUACAUGAUCGGCAGUGCUCUCCUCGUGUGUCCUGUGACUGAUCCUGGAGUCUCUGAGGUCAAGGUUUUACUGCCAGGGUCUGGUGAGCUGUGGUAUGACACAAACUCCACUGAGGUUCACAGAGGUGGCAAAACUGUGGAUUCCCCAGUAACUCUGAACACCGUCCCUGUGUUCCAGCGUGGUGGGACAGUGGUACCCAGGAGAGCAGGUUCUGGUUCAAACACAGCUGAUCUACAACAGCUUCCAUUCACUCUCACAGUGGCUCUGGACUCUAAGGGUAAUGCUGAUGGAUUUCUUUAUCUGGACGAUGGCCAUUCUUUCAGUUUUAGAGACAAGAUGCAAUUCUGUCUCCGACGUUUUAGCUUGCGGGCAGGCAAGCUUGUCAGCAGCUGUGCUGAUGAUAAAGGACUGUUUGACUCGGUUGACAAAGUGGAAUCAGUGGUCAUUCUUGGCCUGAAUACUCUAAAAAGAAAGCCUACGCUUAAAUCAGGUGCUGGAAAGACUGCUGUCAUGUUUACGUUUGAAGCAAAGUGUCUGACUAUAACUGGCUUGGGCCUGGGAAUACACGAAGAUUGGGAAAUAAUAAUGUAGUAAAUUUUAUUAUGAAAAAAAAGUAAAGUGAGCAUCUGUAUCAUCAAAUGGAAUAUAAUGAAAAAUUUCAACGCUACAGUAUGUUAUGAAAAUGUAAAUGUUAUAAUGGGGUUUAGAACAGAUGUUAAGAAAUAGCAGUAAAGACACCUCCCGACUUCUUAAUAUAAAAUAUCUUAAAGUCGGCAUGAAACUGAGGUAAAGAUUGUGUUUUCUUCCGUAUCGUGAUGUAAAUCCGAGUGAAACAACUUCUGAAAUGAGAAAAAAUGUAGGGCGAGACUUGAUUCCGUUCAUCGAGUACUGAUUUGAUUAUAAAAAAUUGGCUGCUGCCAACAAAACGGAGUCCGAUUUGUAAUCCAGUUUGCAAUCUGUCUAUCAUUGCAAUCUGGCCCGCCCACACGCCAUUCCUCUUGACCAGAAGUGAAGAGAGAUGGUUUCGAAGGGGGGUUAAUGUUUUCGGUUAAAGAUUACAAGUGCAAAUAAAUAAAUAAAAAAUAAUGAUAUGCACAGAUAAAUAAUUUAUAAUUAAUACUGCAUGCUGUGUAAAUCAAGUUGAAUUGACAUUUUAAAUUUUAUGCCGACUUUAAAGGUGCAGUUUGUGACUUUUUUGCAGUAAAAUAUCCAAUAACCACUCGGCCAGUGUUACAUAUUAUGUUCAGUUGAGUACUUACAAUAUCUCAAUGAGAAAAUUGUCAUUUUAACCUGUGACUGGCAGUCGCCUGUCAAUGGCAUCAUAUCUGCGUUACCAAAGACACCUAUCUCCCUAAUAACACAGUCUCUGGCUUUACCCUUGGUUUCCGCUUUCACUGCCGUAGAAACAAUUACAACAGUCUCGUGGACAGAGUGUCAUGUAUAUAUUGUCAUGUAUAUAUUUACUGAACAAGCAGUAAUCGCUUUAAGAUCUUCUGACUUAAUAGUAAUAAUUUAAUUUUCUGAAUUAAGUCUAAUGUGUCUAAAUCAUUAUAUUAUAUUAUAAUCAUGUCAGACUUUAUUACCAUAGACCUACAUCAUCCAUAAACGUGAUUUCUCAUUCACGUCUGAUUGAUUAUUUGUGGUGGAGUUGAAGACGAUAGUUCCCAUUAUUUCACUCUCCUUCACAGCAUCAUCAAGCUACAAAGUUGUUGUUGUUUAAGAGAUAUCUGUUUUGAAUGUGCGCCUUCUAGCGGUGGAUUUUACAAGCUGCGCCUUAAACAUUUCAAUAAUACAGUUGGAUAUACAAUAAUUUGGUACAUUUCUUUCAUGAACAAUACAGUUAUAGACAUUUUCUUUUACCAAUACCAAGGUUUUUAAUUUAGACGGAGGUGAAGUUUAUUAAGUGUUUAGAAUUUAUGAAGUGAUGUGACUUUUUUGUGCUCUUUAUGAAUUAUAAAUUAUUAUAUAUAAAUGAUUUAUUAACUUCCGGUCUGUUUGGUUAUCGGUCUGGCUAGUGGCAAUAUAAUAAUUUAUUUUAUAGUUAAUUUAUAUUCAUAUUUUAUAGUAUAUAUGAAUUGUAUUUAAUUGAAUUAAAACUACUCAACAGAUAUUGAUUCUUUGUUGAGGUAUACCAGAAGCUAAGUUUGGGCCACAUAACGUUUGUUUAUGUUGUUGCUGCUGAAAUCGUCUAUAGUACAGUAAUACUGGGAUUUACUCGCAUUAUCCAACAUAAUCCAAAACCUAAAUGAUAAAUUCUUCGAUAAUAUAUUUUAUUUCAAAUUUAUUGAUUCAGCCUGUGAUGAUAGUCAUUUAAAAAAUCUGUUGAAGUAGGAGUUUAUCUAUUUAAAAAAAAGAGAACAUUUUAUGCGAUAUGGAUUUGAAAAAAAGGACGCACGUUUAUGAGAGAAGUAAUUUGUUGGAUUUCUGUGAAUAAAAAUGUACAGACCAGAAGCAAUAAUACCCAACGAAUGAAGAAGGGAUGCCUCUUUAUAGAACAUAAAAUAGUUGCUGAAUUUUCAUGUGUCCAUUUAUGGGAAAUAUGAGUCGGUUAUGGAUGUGACAAUACACGUACCUGACUAUGGAAAACUAUGCUUUAAAAUCCCCAAAAAAGCAAGAGACUUGUGUAUUUAAACCACCUAAUAUUGCCAUCUCAUUAAUGAUGAAGGUUGACAUUUGUCUAUAGUUAUUGUCUAUUUGACCUAAUGCUACACUUUGUUUCAGUUUCACAUCUCCUUUGUCUUCAGAAAUAUUCAUGUGAAAAUGUGACUAAAAUAAAAAUUCUU